CAGAAGCCUGGUGAUAGAGUAGCAGCUGACGAACCAAUCGCUCAGAUAGAAACAGAUAAGGUAACAAUUGAUGUUGUCAGCCCCCAAGAUGGUGUGAUACAAGAGUAUGUAGCCAAGGAAGGAGAUACUGUGGAACCAGGUACCAAGAUUGCUGUCAUUUCAAAGUCCACUGAUGGUGUUGCACCUGCUGCCCCCUCUGAAAAGAAAUCAGAAAAAGCUGCUUCCAAGCCAUCUCCUCCAGCUGAAACUGUAAAGGAGGAUAAGCCAAAAGCCAAAGUUGAAGUCUCUCCUGCUGUGGAGAAGCCUAAAGCCCCUUCUCCACCACCUCCAAAACGAACUGCUACUGAACCUAUACUACCACCCAAGGAAAGGGAAAGAAGAGUUCCUAUGACAAGGCUUAGGAAACGGGUUGCUACACGAUUGAAAGAUUCUCAGAAUACUUUUGCGAUGUUGACAACAUUCAAUGAAGUUGACAUGACUAAUUUGAUGAAGCUCCGCUCUGAUUUCAAGGAUGCUUUUGUUGAGAGACAUGGUGUCAAGUUGGGAUUUAUGUCAGGAUUUGUUAAAGCUGCUGUUAGUGCACUUCAGCAUCAGCCUAUAGUAAAUGCUGUAAUUGACGGGGAUGAUAUUAUUUAUAGAGAUUAUAUUGAUAUCAGCAUUGCUGUUGGUACUCCGAAGGGGCUUGUCGUUCCGGUUAUUCGAGAUGCUGAUAAGAUGAAUUUUGCUGAGAUAGAGAAGACAAUCAACAGCCUCGCAAAGAAGGCAAAUGAUGGGACCAUAUCAAUUGAUGAAAUGGCUGGAGGCUCGUUUACAAUAUCCAAUGGUGGUGUUUAUGGAAGUUUGUUGAGUACCCCAAUUAUCAACCCUCCUCAGUCGGCUAUCUUGGGUAUGCACUCAAUAGUGUCCCGACCAAUGGUUGUCGGAGGUAACAUAGUCCCAAGACCAAUGAUGUACAUUGCCCUUACUUAUGACCAUAGGCUGAUUGAUGGAAGAGAGGCUGUCUUCUUCUUGCGUCGAAUCAAAGAUGUUGUGGAAGACCCUCGCAGGCUGCUACUUGAUGUAUGAAGGCCUAGUAGCAACUGCUGUGAUAUUUUCAUGGUUUGCUGGUACGCUUAGCAUUGGAUAUAUACUUCCACGAUUAGCAUUGGAUAUAUACUUCCUAUUUAAAUGAGCAAGAAUAAGUUCCUGAAGUUUUGUAGGGUUUCGUUUGUUGAUUCACCCUUUAACGAGUUCCGAAAUUACAGCUGGCCAUUGUUGAACAAGAAUAAAUACAUAUUUCCAGUUUCUGUUGUGCAAAUACGGUUUUUACUUUUAUUUUACACUAAGUUCUUUAAAUUCUGGUGUAAAGGGUACACAUUUUUAUGACACCUUGAAUGUGAAAAUCAUACAUGGACAGGUUGGUUUCUUCUUAGAUUCAUGCAGUCUCUAAGAUGAGAAUUCUGUUUCCUGGUUGUGGUUGCUUAUUCUUUCCUCUCAAUUCUUCAUUUGGGGAUUGUAUAACACUGCUUGAAUUCGAUCAAGCUUCAUUUUUCAUGCUCAAAUUUGAUUCAUAAUUUAAUUGAAUCGCUUGAAUUCGAUUUAGCAUGCUCUAUUUAAUUCGGUGAAAUUGUAAAUAUUGACAUUAAAUUACUCAAACUCAAUUUCAUUUGUUAUUUGAGUUUUUCUUGAUCGAGUAAGAAU